GGACUUUCAGCUCGCUUCCCAGAGUCUACUAACCACUUGAGAUAAUUCAGAAAGUUACAGCUUUUCUCCAUUAAUACUGACAGCUGCGUGUAUGUAUCAUGGAGAGAGGAAAUGCACCGAGGACAUGAGGAUCUCCACCCCUAAUGAUGGCAGAUGGAAUAGUCUAUGAAGUGUAUGGGAGAAGACUGUUGCCUGGAGGCAGAAUAUUGGGCAGGAGAUCCCAUCGUACCCGGACUUUUUAUUGUACAGACAGGACGAUAGAGGGAGGCAACAUGGACAAUGAGAGGUUUGGGGUGGUCAGAGAGUCCAUGAAUAACAACCAGCUCCUGCAGAAGGCAGAACUUGGAAAGACGAAGAAAAUGUGCUACUCUUUACCAGGAUCGGACUUUACCUAUGGGCAGAAUAGUUUUCUGAAAGAAGGAGGUGUGGCUGCAGCAAUAGGCCACUGGCAGACAGUGGAAGCCAAAGCCCGGCACAGAAAAUUAGAAAGUAACUUUGUAGCCCUCAAUCGCGAGGCUGUAAAAUCUGGUCUAGUGACAUCAGCAGAACAUCAAACUUUCCGCAACACUCACAACAUCUGGCUCCCUGUAAAUGAAGGUCGGGUCAAAGAUCACAACCUCCGCUUACCUCCCGGCAUGACCUUUGGUAUCUCAACCAGGCCAGAGACGCCCAUAUAUGAAUUAAUUGAACACAAAUACCAAAAUCUUUGGCUUGAGCAGCAGCGUCAGGCGAGUGAGGCCCUCCGAAUGAUGUCCAAGGAGAAGAUCAAUAUGAGUAAGGUGCAGGAUACCCGGACCACAAUGCUCAGAAGGUACCAGCCAGAACCUGACCCUGUCCCUCUAUGGCAACUGCCACGUUUUCAAAAGGUUGGACCUCACCUGGACACUUUCCCAAAUGAGAAGGCACGGCAAAGAGCCUUUAGUGCCCACAAUUCUGAUGCCAUCGCACGUCGAGGGCUUCACGGCCAAGGCAUCUAUAAUAUCAGCUGAGGAUUGUUAAAGCUGGUAUAUAUCUUAAAUUAACUGUUACGGGUGUAAUAAAGCAGAAUGUGUGUAACAUAA